GCCGAGCAGAGCGUGGGAGCACCUGCAGGACCAGAAGAACAUUGGAACGGUGUGUGCAGCAGUGAGGAGCCUGCAGAGGUACGGCUGCUCCGGGGCCAGGAACAUGAUGCUACUCUGGGGGCUUCUGGUGCUCAGCUGGUCCUGCCUGCAAGGCCCCUGCUUGGUGCUCACCAGCGAGCAGGCCCAGGAGAAGUUGCUCCCUCUUCCCCUCCUCAAAGUAGUCAACCAGGACUGGGACAAGCUCCUGCCGUCUGCUAGCCCCAGGAAGACCUUCGACCCAGAACCUGGCGCUGACUCCCCGAAGGAAAGGGCCCCAGGGGGCUGCAAGGGGACCCCAGAGCAGACUCGAAGGCUGGCGCGGGCUUUGAUGGCCUUCACCACAGACCUGUUCUCACUGGUGGCCCAGACGUCCACCAGCCCUAAUCUCGUCUUGUCGCCCUUGAGUGUGGCCCUGGCACUGUCUCAAGUGGCACUAGGUGCUCGGAACCACACAUUGCAAAGGUUGCAGCAGGUACUGCACACAGACUCUGGGCCCUGCCUCCCCCACCUGCUGAGCCGCCUCUGCCAGGACCUGGGCCCUGGGGCCUUCCGAUUGGCUGCCAGGAUAUACCUGCAGAAAGGGUUUCCCAUCAAAGAGGACUUCCUGGAAGAGUCGGAGCGGCUCUUUGGCGCAAAGCCCAUGACCCUGGUGGGAAAGCAGGAGGAUGACCUGAUGCACAUCAACCAGUGGGUGAAGGAGGCCACGGAGGGGAAGAUUGAGAACUUCCUCUCAGAGAUGCCUGCAAACACUGUGCUGCUGAUCCUCAACGCCAUCCACUUCCAGGGCCUGUGGAAGAGCAAGUUUGACCCGAGCCUCACGCAGAAAGCUGCCUUCCACCUGGACGAACAGUUCACAGUACCCGUGGACAUGAUGCGAGCCCACAAGUACCCACUGCGCUGGUUCCUGCGGGAGCAGCCCGAGAUGCAGGUGGCUCACUUCCCUUUUAAGAACAACAUGAGCUUUGUGGUCAUCGUGCCUGCUCAGUUUGAAUGGAACGUCACCCAGCUGCUGACCAACCUGACCUGGGACUCGCUGAAUCAUCCCCUGAUGCAGGAGAGGCCCACCGAUGUCCAGCUGCCAAAGCUAAACCUGAAACACGAGCUGGACCUGGUGGCCACCCUCAGACAGCUGGGCCUCCAGGAGCUGUUCCAGGCCCCAGACCUGCGUGGGAUCUCCGAGCAGAAUCUGGUGGUGACCAGCGUGCAGCAUCAGUCCACCCUGGAGCUCAGCGAGGCCGGUGUGGAAGCCACGGCGGCCACCGGCAUAGCCAUGUCCCGCAUGUCCCUCUCCUUUCGCUUGAACCGCCCCUUUCUCUUCUUCCUCUUCGAGGACACCACCGGCCUGCCCCUCUUUGUGGGCAGCGUGAAGAACCCCAGCCCAGGUGCGGAGCCGGAGCACAAGGAACAGCAGGACUCCCCUGACAGCAGGGACCCUUUCCUGCUCUUCCAGGACCUGAAAGCCUUCCUCCGAGGGGACAAGCCCUAUGGUCCUGACUUGAAACUGGAGGCGCCCCCCUCUGAGGAAGAUCACCCCCAACCGAGCAGCCCCAAGUGAGGAGCAGCCCCUGCCUGGACANGCCCCUCAACUCACGUGACUUUUCCCAGCCAGCUUCGUGGGGUGGGAGGGGAGAGGACCCUUCUUUCCUCUCUCCUCCUGGGGGAGGGGUGGGGCUGAGAGGCGCAGGCCUCAGGGAAUCCGGCAUCAUUUCUUUCUUCCAAAGGGUGUCAUUUGGGGGGGGGUGUAUGUGGCAAGGGUGGUCAGGAAUGUAGGUUAGGUUUUCCCCUGAGUCCCCAGUGUGGCACCUCCACGUUUGUUUACAAGACAGGAGGGACAGGAGGCCGCCUGUGAAGGUGUCCCAGGGCACCUGGCUGCAGCCGGGCAGAUGGGCCUACUCAGAGCAUGGUUCUGGAUGCCAGGCGCAAUGGGUUGGCCCAGCCCCUCCGGAGUCCUCGGAGUGGGGGAGGGGUGUCUCACAAACCUGGCUCAAGCAUGGGCAUGCUAUGCCUCUGACCACUGGCUCCCUGUGGUCCUAGGGGUGCCAGUCCCUCCAAGCCCCCUCUUCCUUGCCCUCUCUGCCUUCCUCCACUGCCUCGGAGCUCAAGGGCCAGGCAGGAAUGGCCCUCAUGCGCUGCGGAAGCCUCUUUUGUAGUUUUUGUAGUGAUUUUUACACCAACUGAAUAAAGAAUGAACUGGCA